GUUUGUACAAUAUAACUUCCUUGUUUUGUUUAUAUCAAAUUCUUAUUUUGAGUUUGAGAUAAGUUGACUUUUCUUUAUCAUAAACAAUACAUUACGGAUAAUCGUAUAAGUAGGUCUAACAACCAGGAAGUAAAUUUACAGAUAACAAUCCUGAAGUAAAUGUAUUUUAUAUGCAUUAACUUUGAACACCGUAUACAUUUAUCGUUUUCUGAACCGAAACUGGAACGAAAGUUGCAGUGAUUAUAAAAUGUGGAUUUUUGGAGAGGAAAUUGAAACCCAAAAUGACUUCAACAACGAAAGUAAUUGUAGCCGCGAUUGAUUUUGGAACUACCUUUUCCGGUUACGCUUUCUCUUUUGGGCAUGAUUUUCAAAAUGACCCAAUGAAGAUUCAAACAAAUCAUUGGAUUGGAGGUGGUCAUAUUUCUCUAAAGGCGCCGACUACGGUGCUGUUCACACCAGAAAAAGUAUUUCAUUCAUUCGGAUAUGACGCUGAAGACAAAUACAUGGAAUUAGCAGAGGAAGAGGAUCACAAGGAAUGGUAUUAUUUCCGUAGAUUUAAAAUGCUUCUUCAUGAAAACAAGGCCCUUACAAGAACAACAGUUUUAGCUGAUGAACACAAGAAACCGCUACCAGCGUUAACAGUGUUUUCGUCGGCAAUCAAAUACCUUAAGCAACAUCUUCUCCAAGUUAUUCAACAAAGAGUUACGGAAAUAAAUGAUGAUGACAUACAUUGGGUUUUAACAGUUCCUGCAAUCUGGAAUGAAUCAGCUAAACAAUUUAUGAAGGAAGCCGGUAUCGAGGCUGGUUUACACAAGAACGGUCUUGUUCUUGCUUUGGAACCAGAAGGAGCGUCUGUAUUUUGUAAGCGUUUACCUAUUGAGCGUUUGCGCCUGUCGAAAUCAAAUGAUAUAGAAGCUUUCAAGAGUGGAUCUAAUUACAUGGUUUUAGACCUAGGAGGUGGAACUGUUGAUAUCACUGUUCAUUCUGUUCAAUCAGAUGGGACUCUUUCUGAAAUUGCUAAAGCAAGCGGGGGUGCAUGGGGCGGCAUUCAGGUAGACACUGCCUUCCUUACGUUUCUUGAGCAAAUUGUUGGAAAACAGUUUCUAGAAGAGUUUAGAGAGGAAAAUACAGCCGACUUCAUUGAUAUGAUGAGAGAAUUUGAAGCAAAGAAAAGAACGGUGUCUUCGAAAUCAGAUGGAAUGGUGACAAUGCGAAUUGCAGCUUCUUUUUCCUUGCGGUUUAAAACUAAGAAAAAGAAGGAUUUGCAUCAACAUGUUUCAGAAUCAGAAUAUGUUGACCGUGUCUUUUUCAAGCGAGAUAAGAUUCAAAUCAGUGCCGAAAUUUUCAAACGCUUUUUCACGGAUUCCAUUUCAAAUACAGUGUGCCACGUCAGAGAAAUCCUAGAAGAAAAUGAUUAUCGAGGAAUUGAAACAAUUUUGCUUGUUGGGGGAUUUGCUGAAUCAGAAAUUGUUCAAGAUGAGAUACGAGCAGCGUUUUCAGACAAACGUGUUAUAACUCCAAAUGAAUCCGGUCUAGUUGUUUUGAAAGGAGCUGUUCUGUAUGGGCACAACCCAAAAGUUGUGAAAUCUCGUAUCAGCAAAUACACCUACGGUGUUGAGGUACAUGCACCAUUUAAUGAAGAUUUGCAUCCUGCAGAAUAUAAGUUUUUCGACGGAAUUUACAAAUGUCGAUAUUUGUUUGAUCCAUUUGUUCGUGCUGGACAAGUUGUUCCAGUUGAUGAAGUGGUACGGAAUAGUUAUACGUCAAAUAUUAUUGACGUCGAGGAAGGCGUAGGUAUAUUCGCAUCAACCAGAGAAUUUCCAGCAUACGUCGUUGAAGAAAACUGCUUUAAACUCGGCAAUGUUUACCUUGAUGAGCCUGGUCAUGAAGUUAUUGUAGAGAUGCAGUUUGGAGGGACACAGUUCUCGGUGCAGUUUACAGACCUCAACACGGGGGUGAAAAGAAUUGACUGCUUUGAUUUUCUAUGCCAUUAACAUUCUAAAUGGCGUAACGUUGUAGUUUAUCACUUAUAAAUUUACGUCAAUUUAUAAGAUAUCUUUGAAGGAAUUUAAGAUGACCGUCUACAGGUGUAUUCAUCGACUAUUUUGUUACUUGAAGGAUGCAAUAGAUAAAUACGUAGGCAGCAGGAGGAAUUGUUAAAGGCUCCUUAUUACAUAUAUGUGGAUAAAGAAGAAUGACAACGGUUUUUGAGGUUUUUGUGUUUAGUAUUACAUGUAUUUUAGUUUUAACAUUUUUCGUCCACUAAAGGUUAAUAUUGAAACUGUUUUUAUAUAUAUAAGUGACUUAUGCACUUGAAAUGCAUUUAAUAUCAACGAAUAGACAGAAACAUAUGGAAUUUAACACCACUUUCACAUAAUUAGUAAUAUGAAGAAUAUAUUUAUAACAACAUUUUUAUAGAUGUGUUAUAUUCCGCUAAUAUUAACCUCUGCUAAAUCUAAAAUAUUUUAUAUAGCUUGCCAGACCUAAUAAAGUCAGGAACAAAAAUAUCCAUGAACAUGAUGGCACGCUUUAUUUUGUAUGCCGUAAAUGUUACCAGUUGCUCUAGCAAGUGUUAAAAACAUAAGGCAAGUUUAAGUAUUCUUUUCAAAUGAAUGAAAAUUGUUAUAAAUAUUACAUUUAUCGUCACGAAGUGAGAAAACUUUGCAUCUAUCAUGUCAUUUGCAUCUAAGAAUAAACAUUCAGAAACCGGCAUUAUCACUUAACUGAUCGAUGCCUGAUUGUUAUAGCAUGACUUCGUUUGGAUAUAGAGCACAUCUUCUAAUGGCUUUAGUUGCAAAAGCACUACAUAGGAAAAAUCGGUAUACAACCCUCAACACUAUAAUUAUCUUAAUCAAAGAUCCAAAAGGACCUGCUAAAUGUAUACUAUGAAGUACACGGCGACUUUUUGCUGUUGUCACACAGCACUUCAUAGUGUUUUUUUUUUUUUUUAAGAGAUAUCGCUCGGGAGUUAACAAAGAAUAACUUCGGUUUGUUUAUGACAGAUAACGGAAAGUGCAAUAUCUGUAAUGCUUAAGUAUACAAUUGUAAACACUAAUGUUAUUAGAAUCGAUUAACCCGAACAUGACUGCCGAAGGACUGGAAAAAUAUGAAACCACUGAGUGAAGAACGCGUCAAUAGUUUACAGCUGUCACAAAGUACCUAAAAGUGUAAAACCUCUUGAAAAGAAAGAACAUUCAAGAGCACUGAAAACAAAAGCAAAUAAAUGAAAGUAUAAACGUUUAUUAGAAAGUAUUUAUAUGUACAUGACAUUGCAUUUUUAUUAUAAAUAUAUACAUCGGGUUCCUUAUGUACAGAGGUUGUAUACUUUAGUUGCUUAGCUUAGUUACAAUACAUAAUGUACUAAUUGUAAUGUGGUAUUCUGUACAUUAUAACAUUAUGUUUAAAAUUAAAAUUAAGAGUUUAAUAUUAUACAAGAUAAACUAUAUUUCUAGCUGUUAUUUUUUCUACAAAUUAGCAAUUAGAAAGUAGUCACUUAACUUUGAUUUGGAUUACUAGGAAUGAAGAAAACGGCUAAGUCUUUAUAUAUAUAACUGAUAUAUAGAUUGUUUAAGGAAUAACUUUGUUUUAUAAUUGCUUUCCAAAGACAAAAUCGGAUAUGUAUUUCUACAUAAAUUUUACCGAGUUGUCAUUUUUCAAAUAAUUCAAUAAAAAUGUAUUUUGCACAAA